GUGAAUCAGGCAGGCUGCGAGCAGCGGCGUCGUCUCUUAUCUCCCCUCCUCUAUUUUUUAAACCCUAACCAUUCCUAGGGUUUCGAUCGCCAUGAGAUGCUUCUUCAGAGAGAUACCUCCGUCGCUGCCGUCCAUGUUACCGACGAAGAUGACGGCGAUUGCGAUCUCGACAACGCCGUCGACGAGGAUUGGGAUCUCAGCGGCGGGGAGGACAAAGCACAGCAGAAGAGGAAGAGGAAAUUGAGGUCGAUGUCGAUGAUGAGGGCACCUUUGGAUGCUGCUUCGUGAUCGAUGAGGACGGUGAUUUUGAAACUAGGGUUUUGAACAUUGAAGAAGAGGAGUUUGUAAUCGAUGAAGAAGAAGGAAAAUGGGGGACGAGAAGAUUGGGUCUUGUAGGAAAAGCUAUGCAGAAGUGCGCCAAGAUUUCAGCGAGGAGAACUUAUCCCUGGAGGAGAUUUAUAGGAUACAGCCCACCACUGAGCUAUCAAAGUGCAGGUUUGCUAUUAUUAGAAGUCUCGUGAGUUAUGUCUUCAUCUAAAGAGCACAAUCUUACAUGUAAGGACACAAAUGAAGUCAUUGGAAGCUCCCGAACACAAAAAGCCAAAUUUAAACAAUUAAGCGAAGUGGAUCCUGAUGAUUCUAUUUCUUUGGCUCAAUUACUACCAAGCAGGAAAAAAAAUUGAAGCAAAGAACAUCACGAAAGGUUGUGAUCAAUCCUGAUUUCACAUCAACUAUAAAACAGAUCCCAAAGCCUAUGACACCACUCGAAACUAACACCGCAGCAGGAAGCUUAAGAAUAAAAAAUAAGAAAGUUGCAUCAACUGUUGACCAUUUUACCCUAACAACUGAACAAGUGACAAAGCAUAAGGAAAGAGCAAACAAGAGAAAGGUAGAGCAAGAACCAGAAAAGAUUUCCAAGCGUAACGCUAAAAAGAGGUUAGAAUAUGAGCCAAUAGCAGGAAAGCAAAACAACAAGUCAUUGCAUGAAAAAGAAAGACAAUCACUUGCUAAAGACAAAGAGAUUAUAUGCAAUAGUAUUUUUGAUGGCAUGGAUAGCACUGUUGAAGAGUAUAAUGUCAAUCUGCGUAUAUUGAAGCUUUGGUGUGGCCAGCUUCAUGGUGCUGGAAGUAUGCAAUCCAUGGUCUUCAGUGCUAAAGAUGAAAAGGGAAGUUGCAGACAAGGAUUUGUACCAAUUGGGCUAGCUGAGCACUGGAAAUCUAUUAUUAAUGAGGGUUCAUCAUAUGCUAUUUCAAGGGUUUCCAUCAUUGAUUGCAACAACUACGUCAAACUUAUUGAUCACAAGCAUCAAACUUUUACUGAGAGGACAACCUCUAUGCCACUAUCGGACACAGAUAUUCCACUGGAACCGUUAUAUAAUUUCCAAAAGCUUGAUAUCAUUCAACAAAUUGAAAAGGACGACGAUAUACAUCAGCCUACAGAAGCUAUAAAGACUGAAAUUUUGAAAGAUGUUUUGACACUUGUCAUUGAUGUCCGCCCUCCAACUACAAGACAUACAAAGAAGAAACUUAUUCAUUUUGCUGAGGUCUUCAUGACAGAUGAGACUAUAUUUCCAAAAGUUUGUGUGCUUACUAUUUGGAAGGAAGAAUAUGAAAGAACUAAAAUCUUUACUCUACCAUUUAAGAAACAAUUUGUCCUUCUUGCAAGCGACCUUAAAGGAAACAACUUUCGCGGACGAUAUGGGCUACAGACAUGUAUGUUCACAAGAUUCAAAAUUGAACCAGAGAACAUGCCGGAGUCUCGACUUCUUCUCAAAGAAGUGACAGACAAAACAAACCAAAUUCAAGCUACUUACGGUGAAAUAUCAAGAUUCAGUGAACUUUAUUGUAAAACUCCAGAAGUAAUCUACACAAUUAGCCAACUCCGAGCUCUUACUAGCUCUCCUCCUAUCCCUGGCAAGGAUUUGUACUACACAAUCCGCGCAACUAUCUCGCGUAUUUACACUGAAUUAUCGAUGACCUACCGUGCAUGUGCAAUGUGCCCAAAAAGGAUGAAGUACGAAGUUAGUGACCAAUAUGGCUGCCCAAACCCAAGUUGUGCCAAUCGUCAAGGGAAUACAACAUCAAGGUACAAGAUCACAAUUGAUAUCAAGGAUGAUACCGACAGGUUAAACCUUGUAAUUUUUAAUCAUGAUGCAGAGAAAAUUAUUCACAUCUCUGCUCCAGAGCUUGAGAACCUGAAAUUAGAGGAUAACGGACUCUGCAAAAUACACAAUCUCAUAACCAAAGCUCAUGGAAAGGAAUUCAAGUUUGCCUUCCGCCAUGAUUACACAAAUCACAAGUAUAGUUUGAAAGGGCAAUACACUGUCAGUUCAUUGGAUUGGUCGCCUAGAGCAUUUAAUCCAAUGCGCAAUACAGGUCAAGCACUUGAAGAAAGUACUACCUCAUACAAAUCCUCUGACAAAGAAGCUGAUUCUACUGAUAACGAUGAAAUCAAACAUAAUGUUGUUUCUGACUCCGAAUUUGCUGAAGGAACCCAGUAGACGGCAUCCACGUUCAGCCUAUUCCCCUUUUGCUAUGUAAAUAUUAAUAGCUUAAGAUGCACAAUGUAUUUUGAUAGCUAGCUGCGUUCAUGUAUGUAUGUUUGUUUCUUAUGGAUCACAAUCCUUGUGCUUCCUAACUUCAAUGUGUAUUACAUCUAUUAUCGUUGUAUUUUGGUUGUCUUAUUUCCAUAUCGUUAAACAUACUUUUACAUCA